GCUUCCUUCCUACGCCGUCGCUGCCGCUGCCGCCGCCGUCGCUGGACCUUUGCCUCUCUAGGCCGGUAGGGCUUCUCCUCCAUGGUCCUGUCUGUCAUCGCUGUUUGGGGGGCCAGCCGGUGAGACUGGGCCGCGCUCGGACGCUUCGACCCUCGAGUCCGUCACCGGUGCCAGGGCGGCCCCGGACCCAUGGCGCGGCGGCGCUGACCCAGGCCCCGGUUGGCGGCCGGGCCCCGAGGGCCGGCAUGGCGGGCCAGUUCCGCAGCUACGUGUGGGACCCGUUGUUGAUCCUGUCGCAGAUCGUCCUCAUGCAGACCGUCUAUUACGGCUCGCUGGGCCUGUGGCUGGCGCUGGUGGACGGGCUGGUGCGCAGCACCCCCUCGCUGGACCAGAUGUUCGACGCCGAGAUCCUGGGCUUUUCCACCCCACCAGGCCGGCUCUCCAUGAUGUCCUUCAUCCUCAACGCCCUCACCUGUGCCCUGGGCUUGCUGUACUUCAUCCGGCGAGGGAAGCAGUGUCUGGAUUUCACUGUCACUGUCCAUUUCUUUCACCUCCUGGGCUGCUGGUUCUACAGCUCCCGUUUCCCCUCGGCGCUGACCUGGUGGCUGGUCCAAGCCGUGUGCAUUGCACUCAUGGCUGUCAUCGGGGAGUACCUGUGCAUGCGGACGGAGCUCAAGGAGAUCCCCCUCAACUCAGCCCCUAAAUCCAAUGUCUAGAAUCGGGUCCUUUGGACACCCGGCUGGGCACUUGGCCCCACCCCCCAAUACCUUGGGCUGUUCAGACCCUCCAGUCGAGGUCCAGCCCAGGUCUGAGAGGAACCCUGGAAAUGUGAAGUCUCUGUUGGUGUGGGAGAGAUAGUGAGGCCCCGUCAAGAAGGCAGGUAGCAGUCAGGACCACAACUGCAAGAAUGGCCUCUGUCGGCUGAAGCCUUGCUGUCUGGGAGGUCAGCAAGGGGACCUCUGUCAGGGUAAUAACAGAAUUGGAACCAUGUCAUUCUUGAGCCACCAUACCUGUCACCAGCCUGUUAUUUUAAAAAAGAACCAAAUCAAGGAUAUCUGAUUGGCGCAAACCACUCUUCUAGUCAUCUGUCUUACCUUCCAGGGACAGCUGUUACCUUUGCCAUGUUGCUGAACUGCAGCUAUUUUGUUUGGAGAAACGCUCAGUUUCUGGAUCUGUAGCCACAGAAAGAGAGGUGCAAAGUAUUAGGCUGCUGUCAGGGAGAGGACAAGCAGAUGGAGGCAUCAAGCACGAGGAAAACGCACAACCUGUGUCCUGCCACACGCCUGUGUGUGCACACCCAUGAACCCAUGACUGACUUUUUUCCAGUUCUCUCUGCUGGGUCCCCACCUGCUGCCAGCGUUCAACAGAGCAGGCCCUAGGACCCAGAGAAGAGUCCCAGCAUCGCUCCUGGUCCACCCCUCGUGACAGAGUCACUGCCUCUUCUCUAGGAAUGACUAGGCACCCCAGCUCCCUCCAGACCUCACUUCUGCCAAUAGUUCCUUUUUCCUGCCUUCCUGGGAAUUCUGCGGUGGGAAGGGUAUGAUGGGUACCCAGAGACAGGAAGCCCAGCCUUCCAACUUGGGUUGCGCUGAUAGUGCUGAGGGAGAUAGGAAUUUGCUGCUAAGAUUUCUCUUUGGGGUGGCAUGUCCUCUGUGAGGGGCUUGCAGCUGUCCCUCCUACGUACAUAAAUACAGUAUUUUCCAUGGUUCUGCCUGUGCUUACUUUGUCCUGCCGUGGUUGGGCCAGUGAGAGCCCUGCACAGCCAGACAGGGAAGCUAUAGAGAAUGAGUAGGCCACCUUCUCUUCUAGACCGCAGGUUGUUCUUCCAUUUGGUUAAAAUAUAAAGUGCAGGGAAUUCCUGUGUCCUACCCCCUCCAUCUGCGGCCACCUCUGCUCUGCCUUGGGUGAACUGCCAUGAUUGAGUUUCCUUUUUCUGGCCAGUGAUUUCUGAAUGUGUUCAGUGGAACGCACUUGGUGUAGACCCACUUCUGUAUUGAAACCAUCAGUGUACCUCUUUGGGUCCUUGGGAAUCUGCCCAAGAGUGUGGGCAGCUUUCAGCUUGUAGUGUUAGGGCUUCACAGAUGAGUUUUGCUCUCUGCCCGCGAAACUUUUUUUCAUAGCCCUGCAGAGUAGGGAGGUGAGGCUGACAGGAUGAAGGUUUGAGAGUGAAUGUGCCUGGCUGAGGGGGGGAGUGGGGGAGAAGUGUGCUGUGGCCAAGCUGGAAGGAAGCAGCUUGUUAAUGGGACUUGAAUCCUGGCUGCAGGGUCCAGGAGAUAAGACCAACUGAGGUGACUUCCCCUGGGUUAGUGGGUUUCCCCCGACACCACAAACCACAAAGGCAUGUGGUUAAUGUUAUUUGGGGAAGGUCACCAGAGCAC